AUGCGGUUCCCCCCGGCGAGCACCUUGCGAUUGAACGCUGAUGCGGAUGUUGGUGCUUUGCUGGUGCCAGAUGCCGUGGUCAUGGUUGGCCUUCGGCAGCUGGAUAUGUCAUUACUGUGUCAGCUGUACUCCCUGUAUGAAUCCAUUCAAGAAUACAAAGGUGCCUGCCAAGCUGACUCCAGCGCAGACUGCACGUACGCUCUGGAAAAUGGUUUUUUUGAUGAAGAGGAGGAGUACUUCUAGAAGCAGGAAAAUUCACCUCCAGGCUGA